AUGUCAGACGUUCCGAUAGAUCUUGACAGUAGCGAACUGUUUUCAAACGAUCACUAUACAGUUUCCGUAAGUACGGAACCCUACGACACACUCAAACUGUUUACCAUAGUAACUUACAGGGUGACGUACAAAGACGAUAUUCCGUUUCCGUAUGAAAUGUUCUUGUUUCUAUACAAGAGGCCGUUUGGAAGUGUGUUUACUCUUAAAACUAGCAAAGUGGUUGACACAGUGCAAGUCUUUUACAACAUAUCCAACACAGAGAAACCUUUGGUUGUUGGAUUCUAUGCAGCAUAUGAAAAGAAGUACUUCAGCUACGAGCAACUAACAGAAGCAAAACUUUUUCCGUUCUCAACAACAGACUUUAUUGGCCAGGAUGGCUUACUCAAGAGCCUGGUAGAAGAGAACAGCAAGCAUAACAAGAAGUUGAAGUUAGUGGUUAGCAGAUAUACAAACAACGUCAAUGUAAAUGAAAUAAGAUGCAAGUUCGACAACUUCACGCGCGUUAUCUACAUUCCUCAGCAAGAUCAAACAAAAGAAUCAUUGUUAUACCUUAACUUUAUGCUGAACUUGAGGCCAAACAAUGACAUAACCAAGGACCGACGUGACAAAGUACAUAACGGCUGUUACGAUGCAGUGGUGGUAUACUACUCCGCCAGAUAUGUAAACAUAAGGGUCCCUUUAGUGGUCGAGCUAAUUGAGAACGGAAAAAUUUACUACUUCAGUCGCCUAACUGACGAGACUGAAACUUACUGGAGGCAGUUCGAAAUUCAUAAUUUAAACAGACAGGACGAGUUGGUGUAUAUUAUUAGGUCGACUGACCGACUGGUUAGCAUAGAGGACAAGUCGAAAUACUCCAGGUUUGGGGACGGUGAUAUUUCUGACUUCUACGUAAAUUACCCUACCUUCAUCAGCGAACCGCCGACCAAGCACGGCUUUAAGGGGUUCCAAAAGGACAUUGAGGAGGCAGAAACUGCAUCUUCAGGGUCUGGCCACGAGCUCGUUGUGGGCGCGAAGCCCAAAAGCUCACCUAACCCUGCUAUCACAUUUUUCGUCGGGAUGAUAGGACUUAGUUGCGGCAUUGGAGCUGCCGUUCUACUUUUCAAGUACUACCGCUCAACGGAAAUAAAGAUGCAACUUAGGGACGGACGUAUCAAAUAA